AUGGUGGCAUUAUCCGGGGCACACGCAAUUGGGUUUUCAUAUUGUAAAGAAUUCAGCUCGAAUCUUUACAAUUACAAUAGAACUUCCCAAUUUGAUCCUUCCUACAGCCCCAGACUUGCUCAAGCAUUGAGAAAUACUUGUGUUAAUCAGCAAAAAGAUCCAACAUAUCCGUAUUCGAGGACUAAAGUACACGUUGAAGAGUAUAUUAGAGAUCAAAAUCUGUUCUUCAAGGCAUUUGCUUCAGCAAUGCAGAAGCUUAGUGAGCAUGCUGUUAAAUUUGACAGAAAUGGUGAGAUCAGACACAGGUGUGAUGCUUUUAACAAUUGA